AUGGUGAGGAUUGAAUAUGGCCGUUUCGAAGAUGCGGUCAUAGUCGCCAAGAAGGUCAGGAGCUCCAAGCCGAGGCAGGAGAUCAGUGCCUUUCUCAAAUGGAUCUGCUUCCUCAUCAACCUGGCCAUAUUCUUGGCUGGCCUGGGAGUUCUGUCAUUGGGAAUCUACUCGUUCGUCAAAGAUCCUAGGAGUAUAUUAGGCCCUGAGGACAUUCUUUUCAACACUUCGAUUGUGCUGUUUGUUCUGGGUGGCAUCGUUGUCAUCAUCUCUCUGACUGGUCUUUUUGGAGCUUUGAGGGAGAAUUGGACUUUGUUGAAGAUUGUAAGUAAUCUUUGAAAUAUACUUCCUAAUGAUUUUAUAAACCGCAUAAGAUUACGUCUUAUUUUGACGUUUUUAAUACAUUUUUUUAAUUUUGAUUUUAAACUGACUUGUAAUAUUUCGUUUUUUCAGUCAGUAUGGAUAGGGGUGUUGUGGUUUAUUGUAUUCGUCAUUGCCGUAAUGGGAGUUUUCUUUUUAUUCUACUCUGACACUAACGAUAACUUCUACAUAAACACAAUGUUGGACUAUGCCGUCAAAAGAUACCACACAAACACGAAUAUUGCUGAAGCUAUGGAUUACCUUCAAGAAACGGCAAGUUCUUUAUUAUAAAUUCAUUUGCUGAUUUUAAUAUUCAAAUUAAACAGCAAAAUAACAGUAUCGCAUCUAAAAUUACUGUUUUAGAUGGAAUGUUGCGGAAUACGAUCACUGGCACAAGGUUACCGGGAUUGGCAAUUGAAUGAGCAAUUCUACUGUAACACGACCAACGUAUACCCCGAGAGGUGUGGCGUGCCAUUUAGUUGCUGUAAGCGUGCCCUCUUAGCCGAAGGUACUGCUGGGAAUGCGAAUGCAGCUUCUCGGUCAUUAAAUUGUUGGCAGAAUGCUUUGAAGAGAAGGCCACAUGAGCUGGAAACAGACUUGUACGUGAGAGGAUGUCUGGUACCUCUCAAACAGACGUUUGAGAGGAACGCUAUUAUCAUCGCUUCGGUUGUGGCAUUAAUUGUCAUUUUUGGCGUAAGUUAAUGGAGUAAAAUUUAGAAGUUUUCAUUACAAUAAUAUUGUUUAUUAACAUUAGAUAUUCAAAUCAAAAUGUAUAAAAUAUGAAUUUAGAAGUUUAUUAACUGGCCUUAACCAAGCAACACCCUUUGACGUACUAUUUUUGAUUAAACUUCUUAAGUUUUACAACCUAAUCACAAGUAUAAACUUUGAUUACGUUUGUAGGGUAUAUCGGGGUUGAGUAGUUCUAAAUCCAGAUUCCGGAGGGUAUUUUAAACUUAUAAGUAAACAUUAAGCACGUCAAAACCUGCAACGUGAGUUAAUCUCCAUAAAUAAACUACUGGAUUUCCGGGCAUAUUAGAGCUUUUGUGAGGAGCCUUGAGUGCGUAUAAGCGAUGUUUCAACACUCGGAAAUAAAUUUGAAAAUUAGUCGUCGCUUUGUAGCAAAAGACCUUAUUAACCCAAAAAACUAACUCUUACUCUUUGGAAUGGCAAGGGUGAUUAAUAUUACUAUUUCAUAUAAUUUCAGUGCUUGUACGUGUUCAUGGAGUACGUGUUGGCACGACAAAUCGAGUAUCAGCACUACCUGUUAGAUCGAGAAGCACGGCGAGCACAGAGAAGAGCACGUCGGGAAGCCAGAGAGAAGGAACGGCGAGAGAAAGAGCUAGCGAAACAAGCCGUCUACUCAGAGUUAGAUGAAGUCAAGGUCAAAGGAGCUACACCAAAAGAGCAGAAGCCAAAGAAAAGGAAAGAAUCUAAAGAAAACGUGAGGAAGGUGUCUCAAGCAUCUCACCGUGAGGCUACAGUGCUCUCGGAACAGAAGAUAAAAGAACGUGAAGCUCAGUUACGGAAGAAAUCAAAGACUCGGAAUGGGCCGACAGUACCUCGGGUAGCCGAAUGGGUCCGGGAACAGUCAGACUACGUUCAGAAGCAGAAAAAGUAG